GUUCCUGUCCAACAGAGUCUAUGCACACUGACAAGGGUGAUUAUACCUGGCCUUCAACCACACCAGUGAACACUGUCCAAUUAAACUGUGUGAGGAAAGCACAGAAACAGGCCGAGAGAAAAUGUAAACUGGGGGAUGACAGUGAUCAAGCAGAAUGGUCAAAACCCAACCUGGAACAGUGCAGCGUGUGGCCAGCCCUGCCAAACAGUAUCUCAGACAUGGAACCCAUUCCAGUAACAGCAGACAAUGCGAAAGAUGUAGCGAGGCACGUGUUGAUCCUUACCCAUGAGACUCCGAGCCUGUCGCUGAGGGACCUGGAGAUUGUCGUCUCCAAAAUGUCAGCCAUUUUGGUUGUGGCACCCAUCGAUCUAUCGCUGAGCAAGGAUGUGGUCGGGAUAAUUCACAACAUCCUGAACAAAACCAACGACCUGACUGGCUUCUCUGUGAGGAUUUUACAGAUGAUGGAAACCGUGGGAAAUAACCUGGAGUUCGUGGGCAAUGAAGUAGCCAUCACCACGGAUACUGUCUCCAUGGCUGUGGUCAACAUCGACUUCAUCCACUUUUGGGGUAUCGCCUUUGGAGUGCUGUCAUAUAUUGAUGGGUUUAUCCAACAGAUCUAUAUGAAUGAAACAUCACUCAAUAAUGCUGUGGCUUUCAUUAAAUUGCCUUCAGUUAUACACAAAUUUCCAGCUGGGAAACAGGCUCUGAAAUCUCGGAUACAAUUCCAGUUUUAUGGAGAAACCUCACUCUUUGAAGACAGGACCCUGAGUGAGCAGAAGCUGAACAGUUAUGUGGUCUCCAGCAGCAUUAAAGGCAAAAACGUGAGGAACCUCAGUGAGCCUGUUAAAAUUACCUUGAAACAUCUAACAGCGAAACAG